AUGGAUGGAACCAACAACUAUAUUCCUGUUUCUACUUACGGAACGCUUAUUGGUGCCAUUGAUCAGGGCACAUCAAGCACAAGAUUCUUGGUGUUCUCAUCUAAAACGGCGGAAGUUUUGACUUAUCAUCAAGUUUCUGUUAAUCAUAUAAUACCUCAGGAAGGAUGGUUUGAGCAAGAUCCCAUGUUGUUAUUAGAAUCUGUUAUUACCACAAUCGAUGUUACCUGUGAUAACCUACAAAAAUUAAAUAUUGAUCCAGAGAAUAUCGCCGCUAUUGGAAUUACAAACCAAAGAGAAACGACCGUUUUAUGGGACAAAUUUACCGGAAAACCACUAUAUAAUGCUUUGGUAUGGAUGGAUAUGAGAACUUCAAGUACAGUGGAUAAGAUAUUGCAGAAUGGCAAAAAAAAGCAGAAUUUUCUGCAGAACAAGUGUGGGUUACCUGUUAGUACAUAUUUUAGUGCCCUUAAGAUAAAAUGGCUUAUGGAUAACAUACCGGAAGUUCAAAGUGCUAUAAAAGAAAAAAGGUGUUUGUUUGGUACCAUUGAUACUUGGUUAAUAUGGAAUCUCACUGGGGGAGUAAAAGGUGGUCUACAUUUAACAGAUGUUACGAAUGCUUCGAGGACAAUGUUAAUGAAUAUUGAAACUUUAAAAUGGGAUUCUCAGCUUUGUAAACAAUUUGGUAUACCUAUGAAUAUACUGCCUGAAAUACGAAGUUCCUCGGAAAUUUUUGGUUACAUUUGGUUUGUCACUAAAUUAACAGGAGUUCCAAUAUCUGGGGUUUUAGGAGAUCAACAGGCUGCCCUUGUGGGUCAAAUGUGUGUAAAACCUGGACAAGCUAAAAGUACAUAUGGCACAGGAUGUUUUAUUUUAUACAAUACAGGCCAUAAUAUUGUUCAGUCUUCACAUGGUCUCCUCACAACUGUAGGCUAUCAAUUGGGCAAAGAUAAAAGGCCAGUGUAUGCUCUGGAAGGCUCUGUUGCCAUAGCAGGCAUUUCUAUGAAGUGGCUGCGGGAUAACUUACAAAUAUUGCCGGAAGUAAAAGAUUCCGCUGAAUUGGCGCAGUCGGUAGAAGAAUCUGGCGAAGUUACUUUUGUGCCAGCGUUUUCCGGCUUGUAUGCUCCAUAUUGGAGAAAGGAUGCAAGAAGUGUUAUUUGUGGACUGACCGAAGAAACCAAACCUGGCCACCUGAUAAAGGCAGCUCUGGAAGGCAUUUGUUUCCAGGUACGGGAUGUCCUUGAAGCGAUGACCUUGGACUGCGGAUAUCCGCUUCACACCAUGCUGGUAGAUGGCGGUAUGACCGCCAACGACUACUUGAUGCAGAUGCAGGCGGAUUAUUGCGGAAUACCCGUAGUGAGACCCACAAUGUUGGAAACCACUUGUUUGGGAGCAGCUAUAGCAGCCGGAAUGGCUGAUGGAAUACAAGUUUGGAACCUGGAUAAAAUACAGUCGGCGCCAAAUGAUACUUUUUGUCCUUCUUUGAGUGAAAAUGCAAGAGACGUGAAAUACUCAAGGUGGAAAAUGGCCAUUAAAAGAAGUUUGGGUUGGGCAAUGAAGGAUAGUAAAUCUGAAGACCAUAAUUUGCCAAGAUUAGGUGAAUCUGGAGAGCCACCUUCAGGUAGUAGAUGUUGCUUUUCAACCAAACUUUCCACUAGAUGCUCUUUGUGUUUUAUGUAUUAUUUUGCAUAAACCUCAUGUUCAUCUACAUUUAACAUUUAACAUUUUCCUAAAUUCAUUUUAUUAUUACAGCUUGUUUCUUUUAGACCAUUCUAAUGUUAGCAAUAAUAGGUAUUGCUUUUUUCCUAAUAAGCAUG